GGAGUUGGUAGCCAAGCCGUCAACGCACGUGGUUGUUCUUUACUUAUCGUUGUGGUUCGUAAUAGGUACUCGUUAACUUAUAUGAAGUAAAAUAAUAAUAUUAUUUCGUUAGUUCAGUUUUAAAUUGUUAAUUCGUGUUUUGAUCAAUUAUAACCAAGUCACAAUGAAAGUAAAAUCCGCUUUGUUGAAACCGAAACCGCAAAGGAAAUCGUUAUCCGGCGCAAUUCAGAAGAAAAAAAUAUCCAAACCAACAGGCGGUGCUUUAAAAAACGUUGUAAAAAUUACCGAUACAUUUGAAGAGCUCAAAGCUGGUGAUGAAUUGACCGGUAUUUCUUGUGCUAAUAUUUCAAAACCGAUUAAGAAAUCUGUCAGUAAAGCAUUAAAACUAGAGAAAAAAGCAAAAAUUCAAGAGGUCACCAAAAAGUUUACCAGCAACGACAGUGAACCUAAAAAAGCCCUCAUUUCCUCUGAAAACAAAACAUCCGUUAAACAAGAAUCUAAAGUUCCUUCAAAAAAAAUUAAAGUGUUAAGUAAACCAAGGGAUACCAAAGAUUGUCAAUUGCCUAACAGGGAAUCAGAUAAUGAACCUAAACUUGAUAUUGCCAAGGUUGAAGAAGCAGUCAAAGGACUUUUUACAUUUGUUCAGAAUGGAGCUAAUCGUAAAAAAGAAUUGUGGGACGAGGCUACACCAAUACAUUUGACUAUAACUGCUGUAAAAAUGGGUGUUGGCCCUAAAAGAGUUGUUAGAAUAGCACUACCUAAUUCAUUGAUCACUGAAACGACAGAUAUAUGUCUUAUUGUCCCUGAUCUCAUUCGUGGGCGAAAUGUUGAUCAUGAGAAAACAUACCACCAUUACAAAGAUCUGUUGGCUAAAAAUGGCAUUACCAACAUAAAAACUAUUUUGCCAUCAAGACAGAUUCGUGUUGAAUAUAAUGAGUAUGAGGCUAGAAGAAAUUUAUGUCAUUCACACGAUGUUUUUCUUAUUGAUCAAAGAAUUAGCGGAUUUUUAGUCAAAAAACUAGGAAAAGAGUUUUAUACAAAAAGAAAGUUUCCGAUUACUGUUAAAUUGGCAAAAAAACAUUUAAAAGCCGAAAUAGAAAGCAAAUUACACAAAACUUCAUUUUUUUUGGAUUACAGAGGCACUACAAAAACUCUUCAAGUCGGACACAUGAAACAAACUCCAAAACAAGUUGCUGAAAAUAUCAUUGCGGUAUUUAAUAAUCUAGCGUAUAGUUACCCGGGAGGAUUGAAAAACAUACGCUGCUUGUUGCUUAAAACACCUUCGUCAGAAAGCCUUCCAAUUUAUUAUUCGAUGAUUUCUAGAAACGAUGUCAAAGGACCAUACAGUCAAUCUCAAGCGUAUUCUAAAGAUAAAGAAGUGGAAGGUGAAUUAUUUGGAAAACGAGUCAAAGUUAAGCCUAACGGUGAAGUGCUUAUUCUUUCGGGUUCCGAAGAGGAAAUAUCUGACUUUGGAGAUGAAGAAGAUGUAGUAAUUAAAAAAACUAAAAAGAAUAUUAGUAAAGAAUCAGAUAAUGAAGAAGAAUUAAAUUAUUCUUCCGAUGAAAACGAGAAAGAAGACGUAGAAGAUAACGACUCUGAUAAGGCUGUUGGUUCAGAUAAAGCAGCAAAUGAUUCCGAAGAAGAAGAAGAUGAUGGUGAUGAUGCUGAAGCCGAAUAUUUGAAUGAAUUUGAACAGUCAAAAAAAUUACUGUCCAAGAAAAAACGAAAACAAGAUGACAAGUCUGUUGAUGAAGUUAAAGAAGAAAAUGUUAAAGUCAAGAAAAAUAAGAAAACGCCUUCUAAAAUUUUAGCUAAAAAAGAAAAGACUUCAUCUAAAAAGAAGAAAUUAAAUUAAUUUAUUGUAUUUUAUCAAAAAAAACGUAUAUAUAUAUAUAUAUAUAUUGUUUAAUUUGUGAGUAUCAUUAAACAUUUUUUUAUUUUC